AAUGCCUGACAAUCAAACAGAAACGCUGUUAUUUCGCUUGAGUUUGCGCUGAAGUUAAUAUGUCUGAGGUGGCACGCAUGUACCCAAACGUCACAUUCCGGAGUAGUUCCUGGUCGUCGGAUAUUUAGUGCUGUAACAACAUGCGCGAGGACGAGCAGUUUAAACUCAAUGUACACAUGAUUUAAAGAUAAAUCUUCAGUUAACACUAGUGAUAUCAGAACUGCUUUAAUUCAGUGUCUUCAUACUGGAAAAGAAACAUGUUCCCAUGUGACUUUGCGUGGGGAGCGGGAACUGCUGCGUAUCAAAUAGAAGGUGGCUGGCAGGCAGACGGCAAGGGACCGAGUAUCUGGGACACGUUUUGCCAUGCGAAAGGCCGAGUGUUUAAGGAGCAGAAUGGAGAUGUGGCCUGUAACAGCUAUGAGCUGUGGGAGAAAGACCUGGAGUGUAUCCAGCAGCUCGGAUUGACGCACUAUCGGCUGUCUCUCUCUUGGGCCCGCCUCCUGCCUAAUGGGACCACACAGCAUGUCAAUCAAAAAGGUGUACAGUACUACAACAAGGUGAUUGAUGAUUUGCUGGCCUGUAAUGUAUCACCUAUGGUCACACUUUACCACUUUGACCUGCCUCAAGCUCUCCAAGACCAGGGUGGCUGGAAAUCACCGGGUAUAGCGACUGUCUUCGACAGCUACGCCAAGUUUUGUUUCCAAACAUUUGGGGACAGAGUCAAACUUUGGAUCACCAUCAACGAGCCGUAUGUGUGCGCAAAACUGGGCCACGAAGAUGGCAUCCAUGCUCCGGGGUUAAAAGAACCAGGAAUUGCAGCCUACCUGGUAGGCCAUAAUAUGCUGCGUGCCCACGCCAUGGCCUGGCACAGCUACAACUCCUUCUACAGGCCAAAGCAGAGGGGUGCGGUGUCUCUGGCCAUCAACAGCGACUGGCUUGAGCCACUGCGCCCAGGUUGCAACGAGGAUAUCGCUGCGACUGAACGUGACCUUGCAUUUACUCUAGGGUGGUUUGCCUGGCCCGUGUUUGUUACUGGAGAUUAUCCAGAAAUAAUGAGAUCUGCCAUUGACUCUCAGAGUAAGCAGUUGGGAUACAGUGGCGGCUCAAGACUGCCCAGGUUCUCACAGGAUGAACCUGCCAUUUUAGGUACGGCUGACUUCUUCGCAUUGAACUACUAUACGUCCCGCAAAGUCAAGCCAGGCGGAGGCUGUGGACAGAUGUUGUGUAUGAAGAGCGACCGAGAUGCAGAAGAGGUUUUGGAUCCGUCCUGGUCCAUCUGUGGGGUGUCCUGGCUGGCUGUAGUACCCCAUGGCUUAAGGAAACUUCUUAAGUACAUAAAGGACACUUUCAACAACCCAGCAGUCUACAUCACAGAGAAUGGCUUCUCUCAGGUGGGGCCGCUCCAAAUUGAGGAUGUCCAGCGCUGUGAGUUUUACAAAGACACCAUCUCAGAAGUGGCCAAAGCUAUUGAAGAAGAUGGGGUUAAUGUCCGUGGAUAUUUUGCAUGGUCACUGUUGGACAACUUUGAAUGGGCUGAUGGAUUCAGCGUUCGUUUCGGGUUGUUUCAUGUGGACUUCUCUGAUCCAAAGCUGAGUCGAAUCAAAUACUGGUCUGGACAGGAGUAUGCAAAGAUUAUCAUGAAAUACAAGCGAGCAACUGAUGUACAAUGACCGAAGAAUAAAAACCAAAUGUUUCACUUUUUUCACACAUACUUAAUAAACUAGCAGUUUUGGCA